GGUUUUGUAAUCCCCUCAUCAACUCCUAUGCUAAGUUCAAGACUUCCAAGACUUGGACCAUGGAUCGCCAAGCGCCUCUUCACAAGGAAUUAUGCAUCCAUUUAUAGAGGAAGAUACAAUCAAAGCACCAGAAACAGUUUCCUGCAACCUCCGGCAGUACAGUUUCAACAACUUUCUCUUAAUAAGUUAUAUAAUGGAGCUAUGAUUGGAAAACAUAAUUUCCUAUCAACAACUAGCAAUGAAGGGAAUGAACAAAAGGAAACGAUAUCUGUGACGUUUGUUGAUAAGGAUGGGGAGGAACAACAUAUUCGAGUCCCUGUUGGAAUGUCCAUGCUAGAAGCUGCACAUGAAAACGACAUUGAACUAGAAGGGGCAUGCGAGGGCUCACUUGCAUGUUCAACUUGCCAUGUUAUAGUCAUGGAUGUAGAAUAUUACAACAAAUUGGAAGAUCCAACUGAUGAGGAAAAUGAUAUGUUGGACCUAGCUUUUGGCCUUUCCGAAACUUCACGUUUGGGUUGCCAAGUGAUUGCAAAGCCUGAACUCGACGGGAUUCGAUUAGCUAUUCCAGCUGCCACGCGGAACUUUGCAGUCGAUGGUUAUGUGCCGAAGCCACACUAAUGAAUACAAUUUAUAAGUUUGAGUGCAAAAGAAUGGCAACUGAUAAGGUUUAGGAUUUGGAGGUUUAGGUUUUGUAGCUUAAUGAUUGGUUCUAGAUAAAUGAGCAUUUACAUCUUAGGCAUUAUUUUGGUGCUGAGUUUUGUGGAUAACAAGCUACUCAGUAUGCGAGAACCAGAAAUUUGUCACUGUUGGGAAUUUUCAGCGUCCCAAGUAUAGUUGCAUGCCAAUAAAUUAAUCAGAGAUCUGCUACACGUCCAAGCAAUAUUGCCAUUCAAGUUCAACUAAGUAGACCUAAUACCAACAAAAACCAUUCAUUAAAAAGAGUGUGAUUACACGCACAUAUAUCAUUUUUUUAAUCUAGUCAUUUACGUUCAUGGGG